AUGCCAGACGACCUUGUAUCGGAGAUCCUGGUCCGACUCCCAGUGAAACCUCUCCUGCGGUUCAAGUCCGUGUGCAAGGCCUGGCAUGCGACCAUCUCCAGCCGAUCCUUCACCAGCACGCACCUCCAGCGCGCAGUGUCCGACCACCAGCGCCAUCCGCGUUUCCUGCUCACCCCGUAUUUCCUCGCGAAAGGGUCGACCAACAUCAGCCUGUACACAUGGCAAAAGGGUCAAGCCAGCACAAGCCUCAAGUACACGCUGAACUUCUUCGAGGGGGCUUCGGUGCAAGUUUACCUGCUUGGACAUUGCAACGGGCUCGUGCUGGUUCCCACGAGCACCAAAAUGUACGUCCUCAACCCCUCCACCAGGGAGCUUCUUACGCUGCCCGAGAGCAUCCGCAGCGUGUUGCAGCCGUCCUCCAUAUGCCGCAACGUUGUUGGUUUUGGUCUCGAUUCGUUUACAAACAAGUACAAGGUCGUUCGGUUCUUCAACUACUCAACGAAUGAGGCACGGAUGGGAAUGGAGAUUUGUACGAUCGGUGAAACCGGCAGAGUGGCGCUGCCGCGGCAGCUAACCGAAGUCGGUGCACAGAAAGAAGCAGGCUGA